UUUCCUUGCCUUCCUUGCCUUCCUUGCCUUCCUCGAGUAUAAAUACAAGAUCAUGUCCCCCAGUUUCGGUUCGUAUUUUCUUCACACAACAGAUCCCAUCUCAUCCCCACUACUUUCCCUUCUCUCUUCUUCGCGCCUACAGUAGUCCCCUACUUUACGAACACCUGCCCUAAUCCCACGCUCGUACACAUACACAUACACAACACACCAUGAAGAUCCAGGCCAGUCUGAUUGCUGCAGUCAUCCUCACCAUUGCUGGUGUCAAGGCUUUGCCGAUUAACCCGGAGGCUGUCGGUCCUAAUAUGCGUCUCCCAGUCAUGGAAAUGAAGGAAGCUAUCAACCCUCGCAUGCGCCUUCCAGUGAUGGACCUCAAGGAGGCUAUCAACCCUCGUAUGCGUCUCCCAGUCAUGGAUCUCAAAGAGGCUAUCAAUCCCCGCAUGCGUCUCCCGGUCAUGGAUAUGGAGGAAGAAGCUGUUGGUCCCCGCAUGCGUCUCCCAGUCAUGGAAAUGAAGGAAGCUAUCAACCCUCGCAUGCGCCUUCCAGUGAUGGACCUCAAGGAGGCUAUCAACCCUCGCAUGCGCCUUCCAGUGAUGGACCUCAAGGAGGCUAUCAACCCUCGUAUGCGUCUCCCAGUCAUGGAUCUCAAAGAGGCUAUCAAUCCCCGCAUGCGUCUCCCGGUCAUGGAUAUGGAGGAAGAAGCUGUUGGUCCCCGCAUGCGUCUCCCAGUCAUGGAAAUGAAGGAAGCUAUCAAUCCUCGCAUGCGUCUCCCAGUCAUGGAAAUGGAGGAAGAAGCUGUUGGUCCCCGCAUGCGCCUUCCAGUCAUGGAUCUCGAGGAGAACUAA